AUGGAUACCCACAAAGCCGCCGUUUUAACUUCAACCCAAGCAUCUGACGCCACGCCGACCUUCUCAGUACGCGAUGAACCGCGGCCAGUACCAGGCCCAAAUGAGGUUCUCGUCAAGCUCUCCGUGACGGGCCUCUGUGCAUCAGAUCUCGCCAUGGCUCUAGGUCAUUUUGGGCCCGUUGGAAACAUCCUGGGCCACGAAGGCGUUGGCAAAAUUGCUGCUCUUGGUUCCAAUGUCUUCUCUCUCGACCCCUCAGUCGAGGUAGGCCAACGAGUUGGUAUUGCUUGGACCCGCGAUAUCUGUGGGAGUUGCGAUGCCUGCACGGAUCUUGUCAACGAAGGAGAGACUCGAUGUGUCAAGGCGAUGCAUUCCGGAAAGACUUACGACGGUACCUUUGCCCAAUAUUCGCUCGUCCCGUAUCGGUAUCUAGCCAGACUGCCGCCACAUUUCGACGAUCUUCCCGACGAGGAGAUUGCGCCGAUUCUAUGUGCUGGUGUGACGGCCUACAAGGCUGUCAAGGGCUGCCACGUCACUCCCGGACAGUAUUUCGCAAUCUCUGGAGCCGCCGGAGGCGUUGGUGCCCUAGCUGUUGCGUAUGCCCAUGCAAUGGGAUACCGUGUUAUUGCAAUUGAUGCUGGACAGGAGAAGUCCAAAAUCUGCAAAGAGCAGGGUGCUGAGCACUAUGUUGACGUGACCGAGCCCGGAACACUGGGGGAGAAGGUGAUGAAGGUAACGGGCGGGAAGGGAGCAAAAGCCAUCGUAGUUGCCGCCACCUCACUGGCUGCAUAUCAACAAGCAUUCGAGGUACUUGCGCCGUUUGGGACACUCAUGUGUGUGGCAGUCCUUGGCCAUGAGGCUCUGGUAAACUUCCAUCCUCUCUGGCUGAUUGCGAAGGGAUGGAAGAUUCUGAGCUCCUCAGUUGGGACGCGAGCCGAUAUUCUGGAGGCGUUGGAGUUCGUAAAGCGACGAGCCGUUGUUCCAAAGGUUCAAAGGGCAAAGCUAAACGACGUGGAAAGACUGGUCCAGACAAUGUCCGCUGGAAAGCUGCAAGGAAAAUGGGUUUUGACUUUGGAUGAUUGA